AUGACGUCGGUCGAGAACCCAGUAUCAACCACACUGCAAUCACCGGAACCAGAUAUACACCAAAGUCGCGGUACGAAGCGUCAACGCUCUGUAGAAGAUGACGGUGACGCAAGUCGCAAACAUGGAAAAAGACUCACAACCCGAGAAGAAGUCUCAUUGUUCGAGAUAUGCAACCGGCACGCUGGAAGUUUCGGCAAGCGAAGCGAUAUCUGCAACUGGUGGCGCGGUGUAGCAGAGGAGUUCACACGCGCGCAUGGACGGCCAUAUUCGUGGCACUCAGUACGACGGAAGGUAGAGCUUGUCACGAAACAGCGUGUGAAGUUUCUUGAAGACCGGCAGCAGCAGCGUGCGAUAUCCGGUGCACAGUUAUCAGAAGACUCGAUGAAUCCGCAGUGGUGUGCUGUGUUGGAUAUAUGGAUUCCGACUUGGGCGCGGUGGCAGGAGUCCGAAGCGAAGCGGAUUGAGAAGCGAGAUGAGAUGAUUCGGCGGAGAACUUCGCAGGUGCAGGCUAACACUGGGGAAAUGCUUCAUUCUUCUGGUGGUCAUGACGUUAGUGAGAUAUUUCAUGGCGAAGAGCCGGGGAAUACUGCCGGCAUGGCUCCGCUUGCUACUGCACCUCCAUAUGACGUCCAGUCGUCUUCUGUGUCCUUGCCUGCUGGUGUCAAGCUCCCUCCUGGCUAUGAAUCCAUGUUCUCCGGCCCAAACCCGCCGGCAACGACGCAGACGCAGAUAACAGAAAACAAUCCGCCAAACAAUCGCAUGAUGAACGCUGUUCUCGAAACACUGGGCAAACUUAAUAAACACCUCGACACAACAUCUGUAAAUGGAAGCCCAGAUCGCCGAGCUUCACCUGUACUCUCUGCUUUGGUACAAGCCGCUUCUGAGUCGAGUGCCGAUUUCUCCUCAGAUACAGGACCCCAGACAAACGCAUACGGGUCCAUAUCUGAUAUCGAGCGUAUAAAGGAAGAACUACGGCAGGAGAUGCAGAUUGAGAUACGAAGGGAGUUAGAUCGGGAUCGUGCUAUCUUCAAGGAGAAGCUAGAUUCCGUGCAGAGGACACAGGAGAUGAUUCUUCAGAUGUUGCGGCAAGAGUCUGCUUAG